GGUCUUUUUUGUUUCAUUUGGACAAAAGAGGAAAACUGCUGCUACUAUACAGCUGAAGAAAAAGCAAACUUCCACAGAAAGUAUCACUAGAGGAUAUUCUGCUUUGGGCUGAUUCACCAAUGUCUUCUACCUGCCUGCCUUCCUCAUCUGCAACUGCAACAAGUGGGUCUGUGGUUCUGCCUUGGUAACCUGGCAGUGUUUCAAUCUUGUCUGCUGUGGCAUGAGUGUUCUACUGAUCUUGGCACUGACAGAAGAGCUGGUGUUUUCUGCUCAGGUACUGUCUCCCACUGUCUCCUCCUCUCAGGGCUUCCCGAUGAACACUACAACUAUCACAGCCAUGGGAACAACACCUCACCACAAAGACCACCACACGGCAGAGCCCCUCCCCACGUCUGCUCAAGCCAUGUCCCACCCCAUCAGCCUGGUGCAGGAAGCCCCUUCCACCGGGCAAGAGCAAGAGAGUGGCCCUCGCAUCGGCGAGAAGGAAACUUACCGCUUGUACAACCAGAGUGCUUUGUACUCAGGACAGCCUCGCCCCAAGGGGAAAAUAUUCCAGGUUUUCAAAGGCAACUUCUCAGAGUCGACAGAGCCUUACCUAAAGACGACCCUGCACUCUCCCUUCCCUACCCUGAGGAGCCCUUUCACAGACCACCCGUUCCAGUCCCAGACCACAGCAUCCAGCGAUCCAGAUGGAAUGGGGCUGGCAAGAACUACACACUCAGCCCCUUCUCCCCACAGCGCCUCGGGAAGCCGUAGGGAAGCAGAGAGAGGGGAUGGGACCGAGGCAGUAGUGCAGGAGGCAGAUUUUGCCACCACAACUGCUGGACCAUCAACUGAUCCUGAAGCAGUGUCGGUGCCUUUUAAACCCACCCGCUACGGCGUGUGGGAUAUGCUGAGCAAAAACAGCUCUUGGGUAACCUUGAAUCUCAGUACCAAUGUCCCUCUGUUUGCUGGCUCUGGAUCUGCUACAGCAGCAGCUGGUCACUCGGUUCAGACCAGGUUUGAUGUCAGCAUCUCGUCCCCGGCAGCGGGGGACCCUGAGGGCCUGGCUCCAGCGCAGCACGGCGCGGUGACCGGCGCCACGUCACCGGGCAGUGCCCUCUCCUCAGUGCCUGCCACCAGCUUGUCCAGCCCCACCUCCACAGCUGGCUCCACCGCCACCGGGAACUUCCUGAACAGACUGGUUCCUGCCGGGACCUGGAAGCCAGGUGUGCAAGGAAACAUCUCCCAUGUCACUGAGGGGGACAAACCCCAGCACAGAGCGACCAUCUGUCUCAGCAAGAUGGACAUUGCCUGGAUCAUUCUGGCUAUCAGCGUCCCUAUAUCCUCGUGUUCAGUUCUGCUGACAGUCUGCUGCAUGAGAAGGAAGAAGAAGACAUCUAACCCAGAGAACAACCUGAGCUAUUGGAAUAAUGCUAUUACCAUGGACUACUUCAACAGGCAUGCUGUAGAGUUACCAAGAGAGAUCCAGUCACUGGAGACUUCAGAGGACCACCUGUCGGAGCCGCGCUCCCCGGCCAACGGCGACUACCGGGACAGCGGGAUGGUCCUGGUGAACCCCUUCUGUCAGGAGACACUGUUCGUGGGGCACGAGCAAGUCUCUGAAAUAUGACCCCUCAGCUGCCCCCAAACUGCAGUUUCAUCUCUACUGUCUCCAAAUUAUAAAUAAAUAUAUAUAUAUAUUAUAAAUAUAACCUUUGUGUAACCCUGAAUUACAAGAAAUGUUUUCAGCUUUUCUUUUGUCCCUCAGAAUUGUCAGCCCCUUUUUUAUAAGUGUGGUAAAACUUUACAGAACAAACUGUGGCUUUAUAAAAUAAAGGUAUUUCUAAUCAAAACACCUGU